CGGGGAGGGAGCGGCGGAAGCGGCGCGGGGCCGGGGCCGGGGCCCGCCAUGGAGCUGGGCCGUGCGGGCCCGGCCUGCGCCGCCGCCCUGCUGCUGCUGCUGCUGGUGCUGGCGGCGCUCGGCGCGGCCGACUUCGACCCGUACCGGGUGCUGGGCGUGGGGCGAGGCUCCAGCCAGGCCGAUAUUAAGAAGGCGUACAAGAGGCUGGCCCGGGAGUGGCACCCCGACAAAAACAAGGACCCGGGAGCAGAGGACAAAUUCAUCCAGAUCAGCAAGGCCUACGAGAUUCUCUCCAACGAGGAAAAGAGGGCAAACUUCGAUCGCUACGGUGAUGCUGGAGAAAGCCAGGGCUUCUCCCAGCACCAGCAUCGCCAGUUCCACCACUUCCACGAAGGCUUCUAUUUCGAUGAGUCCUUUUUCCACUUCCCCUUUAAUUCGGAGAGACGCGACGCCUCCGACGAGAAGUAUUUGCUCCACUUUUCGCAUUACGUCAACGACAUUGUGCCAGAUAGUUUCAAGAAACCUUACCUCAUUAAAAUAACCUCAGACUGGUGCUUCAGCUGCAUCCACAUCGAGCCCGUGUGGAAGGAAGUUGCUCAGGAACUGGAGGCGCUGGGAGUGGGCAUCGGAGUCGUUCACGCCGGGUACGAGAGGCGCCUCGCCCAUCACCUAGGUGCUCACAGCACGCCAUCGAUACUGGGGCUGAUGAACGGGAAAAUAACCUUCUUCCACAACGCCGUCAUUCGAGAGAACCUGCGGCAGUUCGUGGAGAACCUGCUGCCGGGGAAUCUCGUGGAAAAGAUUACAGAUAAAAACUACGUCCGCUUUCUAUCCAACUGGAAGAAAGAAAACAAGCCCCACGUCCUUCUGUUCGAUCACAUGCCGGUUGUGCCAUUACUGUACAAGCUGACUGCCUUUGCAUACAGAGACUACUUGUCCUUUGGUUACGUGUACGUUGGGCUCAGAGGGACCGAAGAGUUGUCCAGUCAGUACAACAUCAACGUCUACACUCCGACCAUGAUGGUCUUCAAGGAGCACAUCGACAAGCCCGCGGAUGUUGUGCAGGCACGAGAUAUGAAGAAGCAACUCAUCGACGACUUCCUUUCCCAGAAUAAGUUCCUCAUGGCAGCCAGACUCACCAACCAGAGGCUGUUUCAGGAGCUGUGUCCCGUGAAGAAGUCGCACCGUCAGCGGAAGCACUGCGUGGUCUUGCUUACUGGAGAAGGCGAUAAGUUUGCUGAGACUUACGAGGCGUUUUUGACUUUUGCUGUGGCCAACACGAAAGACGUGCUGAGGUUUGCACACAUCUAUAACGAGCGGCAGCCGGAAUUUGCAGACGCCUUGCUGAUGGAUGAGGAGAAGUACCGUGGAAAAUCGGCCGUGGUCAUUCUGGAGAGGCGCAACAACGCAGGAAAGAUCGUCUACAAAGCCUUGGAGGAGGCCUGGCAAGGCAGCAAAGAGGACAACUUCAUCCUCCUGGACCUUCUGGACCAGCUGAGGAUGGACCCUGGCCUUCUCUCCUCAGAGACUGUCCUGGCAGACUUGCGUGACGAGCUUGCUCCCAUGUUCCUUAUCCGAUGGUUCUAUUCCACGCUGGAUUACGUCUUGGACUGCUGGGACAGUUUGUUUCACAGUAACUGGCGAGAAAUGAUGCCCCUGCUGUCCUUGCUCUUCUCUGCGCUCUUCAUUCUCUUUGGCACUGUUAUUGUUCAGGCUUUCAGCGACUCCAGCGACACAAGAGACUCUCCUCCCUCUGAGAAGGAAGAGGCGACCACAAAGACUGAGAAGAAUGACACAAACUUCAGCAAAGAGAGUAACAGCAGGGUUCCCAAAAAAGGCUUUGUGGAGGUGACCGAGCUCACAGACAUCAACUAUAACAGCAACCUGGUACGCCUCAGGCCGGGUCACAUGAACGUGGUCUUGAUCCUCUCGAACUCCACGAAAACCGCCCUCCUCCAGAAGUUUGCCCUGGAAGUCUACACGUUCACAGGGAGCAGCUCUCUUCAUUUCUCCUUCCUUAGCCUGGACAAGCACCGCGAGUGGCUGGAGUACCUGCUGGAGUUCGCGCAGGACGCCGCUCCCAUCCCGAACCAGUACGACAAGCAUUUCCUGGAGCGCGACUACACGGGCUACGUCCUGGCCCUGAACGGCCACAAGAAAUACUUCUGCCUCUUUAAGCCUCACAGAUCAGGAGACGAGGGGGGAACCAUGGGGUCGUGUGAGGACUACGAUUCCCCGCUGCACACCGAAGCCAGAGGGAAAUCCUCCUGCAGCCCAGGAUCUAGAUCCAUUAAAAACAAAUUGCAUAAAUUGUCCUUUUGGAUGGAACGCCUUCUCGAGGGCUCCUUACAGAGGUUCUACAUCCCCUCGUGGCCUGCGCUAGACUGAGGGCUUUUAAAGAGAUUCUAACACACUUUUUAUGAAGAUGACGAGGGACCGCUCUUUCUGGAAUAAACAAACAAUCAUGAUGAACGGACCUUACGUUUUAGAUGAAUUCUCUGAGGGACGGCGACCAGAAAAAUCUCUCCCCGUAUCCAGAGCCCUGGAGUGCAACAAAGCGCACUGAAACGCCCUCCACCGAAUCGUCGUCACAUUUGGAUGCCGUACUAUUGCAGAGCCAAGAAGGCCAUUUUCCCCUUCUCAUCCUGCCGCGUCUGCUUCCCGAGCCACCCUCGAUCCACCUCUUGUUUCACCUCGGUUGAAGAAAACCCCUGACUUCUCAGCCGCGGCGACUCGGUCCGGACUGAACGCGGCCAGUUCCGCAGCGCGGGUCGUGGUUCUCUCCCCCACCCCUUCCCCACGUGCUUAGCCCAUGGUGCAUGGUGUAACAGUGGCAAGACCCUACAGACCCUCCUCCAAAAGGCUUCCCACCAGUCGUACCGAUCGGCUUUCCCGGGGUAAGUGGCCUAGAGGGUGGCCGGGAGCACCUCCCUCAUAGCAAACCUGUAGCUGGGACUCACCUGCGGGGCGGGCUAGUAGGCGAUCUGCAUGUUUCCUGCUCCUUGUGUAAUAGCUCCACGUGCAGCUUCACCAGCUAAAACCGUAACCAGGGAGGGGAAGGGGUUUUGCACAGCCGUAAAUACUGUAAAGGUGUUGAGCCAUUUAAAUGUCACAUCGUUUUCCAGAUGCCUUUCUGCUUCUGUCAGUUUUAGACUAUGUACCUUAGAGCCAUAACUUUAACCGUGUCCUCAGAUUGUAGGCAUACGCUGCUGUGAGCCAGUAGAUGUGUAAAAGAAACUCUACCUAGCUGCUAGGGAGUCGGUUCGGGCUCCUUUCCAACACCCUCACAUCUGUAGUACAAACCGACCUUUCGUUGUAUCGAGGAACCUAAUUCGUCGAUGACCGCGUUCUUGAAAUGUUGCCCCAGAAGUGCUGUUAUCUCACCAGACCGUCGCUUACGUGCGAGGCUCGUUUUGUUUCAGGUGUGGGUUUAAGAUGCUUCAGCGUCUCGCCCGUUUCGGUCCUGCCACAAACUUUUGUUUCUCAACAUGCAGGCUGCCUUGGUUCUGUUGUUUUUCUUUUUUUUCUUCUUGUUGCUUUUUGGUUUUUCUCCUUUUUAAACACAUAGGUCUGUGUAAAGCUAGAACAGCUGCAAAGCACAGUUUGGUUUAUGCUUUGCUCAAGCAAUGCUCCGACAGCCACUUACAGCAUCGAGGGGGAAGGAGGCCGCCCGGUUGUAAGGCAGGGGAAGGCAAGCAGCAGGCUUGCGGUUGCUUUCAGCUCUUCAGACGAUGAAGCAAAGCCAAAGGGUUUCUUUCCACGGCCGGGACUGAAAUCCUGCAGGGCUCCUGUUCCCUUCUCACCGCUCCGGGGCAGACCCUUGCGGUGUCUCCUCCAGCUGCACGGUGCAGGAACCCAAAGCCUGCUGUGGGAGUAGCUUGCAGAGCAUCAGGUCGCAGGACUGCCGAACCACGAGGUUGGGAGCGGGGUGCCCUUUGCGUGAGGCUCUGCCCCUGAUGCUAAAGCACUUGGUGAGCGCGUGGCGUUGGCUAAAAGCUCACCCCACCCUUGCCUUCUUAGUUAGCACCUUACCUGAGCAGGUAACCCCGGCGCUGCGCACAACGUACUUCCCAAUAAAGGCUGCCGUGCCACCACCCGGCCUUACGUGAGGCUACUUAAUUUUAGCUCAGCAGACUCCGGGCUGCGGCUUGUGCUGUCGCAUGAAUGAGAUGUUAGAAAUAGGGAGGGGAAAGGAAGGGAGGGAAGCUACGAGGCACACACAUAGCGCUGCAUCGGCCUGCCCUUGUGAGACUUGAUGUCAUCUGGGCUGGAACGAUCGCUGUAGUGCGCUUGUGCUUCUCCCAAACCGGCUGUGCAAGGAGGUAGCUGGAAUGAGGUUGCAGCCGAGU